AUGCAGGCAACAGUGGAAGAAGUACAGGCACAGUUAGCUGAACAUCAUUUACAGGUGGUGAGAAGGAAGUUGUUAUUGAAUAACAGGAAGAAGGCACGUGAAACUGAUGAUGCAGAUAGGUCAAAAAAGAUUGACCAGUUUGUAGCUGAAGAAGAAACAUUGCAGAAACAAUUGUCUGGUAUCACUCGAGGCAAUUCAUGCACGAUGAGACAGAUAAACAAAGAAGAGGAGGCACUUCAAGAGGUUUCAAAAUGUCGAAUUUCCUUUGAAGAACUGAACGAAGUACUACUUGAUAUAAACCACAUUGUAGAGAGAAUUUCUUCGUCAAGAUGAAAAUGGUUGUCAUCUCUGAUUGAAGUUCUAUGCACUUUUGACGUCGUCCUUCUAAUUCUCUUCAACAUGUGUACAGUGAAAUGUUAUUGACUAACUGUAAAUAUUUCCUUGAUGAUUGUGUGUCUAACAUAAAUGUGGUUUAAUAUAAAUAAUAAUAG